AUGAGCAUAGAACCUGCAGCAGAAGUACAGAAAGAGCUACCUAAGUGUGGAAGGCUCGUGUUUCGUGGGGUUGAACUGGCAUAUUUGAACAUCGAUGGGGAAUACAUGUUACCUCUGGCGGAGUUACUUGCUUUAGUCUUGCCAACAACUCCGAGGGCUACAGUAUUUACAAGAAUGGAAAAGAUGAAAGUUCGCAGGCAUUUCUGCAAACGUGAUGAAAUCAAAUUGCUCAAAACAGUCAAUGGCAUAAAUGGUUUGUCGGCAAACUGCACUUUGAUUUCAAAGACAGAAGUUGAUAAAUAUUGCUCGAUGUAUAUCGACGAUUUGAAUGAAAGGAGUGAAAGAAAGUGUUCGGAGGAUUUUACGAACGAAUCGGAAAUCGCUGGUAAAGAACAUAGUGUUGAAAACUACGAUGGUAAAGGUAUUGAAUCGACUGAAUUGGCCUACCACGACAACACUAAAAUCCAGAACAAAUUAACAGUUCUUCAUAAACAAAAAAGAUCUUCGCCGCUGAAAGCUAAGUUAAAGUUGACCAAAAUCUGUAACAGCGUGAAACUGAAAUCGGCGCUUUCACCCGAUAGCCAUUGUUCACAAACGUCAACGGAUAAUGCCAGACUCGCGGCCAUUGACUCACAUCUUUGUUCCUCUCUUGCUGCCGUUUCGUCAGAACUGCUGUCGUCGUUUCAGGCGAAAAGUCCUUCACAUUCACCAACGGGCAAAAAGAAGAAAUUGCGUCGGGCGAAAAGGCCGUCAAGCGAUGCGCAAGGCAAGAACGAAUUUGGUGAAUUUGAAUCGCCAUUAAAAAUUCCCAAGAGGAGUGAAUUGAAUACGCGUGAACAAGACACUGACAAAAUAAACGAACAGUGUCCGUCCCGCUCUUCACGUUGUUCGCUUACUUCGCAACCCUCACAGAAGCAAGAAUUAGAUUGUUUUAUUUCUGCUACCUCGUCCAACUACAGCGGUUAUGCCUCGACGAUACUUUCAAAUGCAAGUUCGCCGACGAAGAGGGAUUUUAUAGCUGAAGACUUAAGCGAGCUACGUAAAAAGGAUAAAGAAACUAGAAAUAAUCGCGAGCAUUCAUCGCCGCGCACAAAGCUCCCGAAACUUAAAACGCCAACGAACAGUACAUAUAUGUUUAAGAAAAUUUUGAAAAUCAAAGAAGAAAGGUCAGGAGACGAAGGUUAA